UCUGCGGCUGAUUAUGACCCCCGUUGAGCCGUUCCCCCCAGACUGGGACGAUGACGAGCGAAUGUCAUUCCUUUUCUCUGCGUUCAAGCAAUCGAGGGACGUGAAUACCUCUGAUUGGGAUGGAAAAAUGGGCUUUUGGGUCCCGCUGAUCCUCCGACAUGCCCGUUCCAAGGGGCUAUUCAGCGUCACGCUGCGCGAUCUACAAGUGGAAUUCACGCGCAAGGGGAGCGUCCCGCUGGGGCUGGGGACAGUCAUCCAGGAGAUGAUCAGACAGGGGUCUCUCCAGAAGGAGUCACAUUUUGUGUCUGGUGUCUCCAGUGGAUGGUUGGUGUGGGGCAUGCAGCAGCUGGUCAUCAGACCUCUUCGAUGGACGGUGGGCGCAGUGCUAGGUCUUCGGAUUUCACCUGAUGAGCCCCUGCUGGUUCCUGAAGUUAUAAAGGACGGGGCAGACAUGGUGCUGAAGAAGUAUCAGUCCUCCUCUCUAAGCUCCAUGGCCGUGCUGUCUGAAGAGGAUGUGCGUUCCCUCUGUGCUGACGUUUGCCCGAGUCCCUCUGCUCUGAACCUUGUUCUGCUGCAGCUUCAAAGGGACAAGAAGAUCUGCGUGAUGGAGAAAGGUGGGGAGAAGCUGGUGAAGUUUGUGCAGGCCGGGAUGGGUCACGUGACCGCCAUUAACCAAUCAGAUGUGGGCAUCUACGAGCUGCGGAAAAGCGAGAAACUGCUGUCCGAGAGAUUACAGAGCGCGUGCACAGAGUCAGACCGACUGAAGGAAGAAGCAUUGAGCAGCAAACAUGCAGGAAACAAGCAGCAGGCUCUGCGAUGUCUGCGGCGGCGGAAGUUAGCGGAAAAGCGAGCGACGGAGCUACAGAACAAACUGGACACCGUGCAGAACAUUCUAGAGAGAAUAUCAAUGGCUGAGACUGACCGCAAGGUCAUCUCUGCAUAUGAGGUGGGGGUCUCUGCUCUGCGAUUGGCCAUGAAAGAUGUCAGUCAAGAGAAAGCUGAAAGCUUAGUGGAUCAGAUUCAAGAGUUCUGUGACCUGCAAGAUGACAUCAAUCAGACUUUGUCUGGAGCAGUGAUCAGUGAUACUGAUAUUGACGUUGAGGACCUAGAGAGAGAGUUGGAUGACAUUCUCAAGCAAGAAGAAGUUUUAAUCGAUCUUCCAGAUGUUCCAACUAAUCCGAUUACCCCUCAACAGCCCGUGACUGUUCAGGAUGAUGGAGAUGUUUACCAAGAAGUAUACAACGCAGUGACGCCCCGAGCCCCAGCGACCAUUCUGCAAUGACACCUGCUGGAUUCCCAUUACCGCUACUGGGAGUGUGCCUAGCGGACAAUCCCCAGUGGUAAUCAUGUACUAUGAAACUGCUGUACCACACCUUGUGGCGGAUUGCUCAACCAAAGUAUUUGAGUCUCGAGGAACCUGUAUUCUCAUAAAGAUAAAGUCUGUACAGUGUCUGUGUCUUCUUGUUAAUCCAGAGUCAACCAUAAAAUAAUAUAUGAUAAGAACCAUAGCACUUGGUGUUUUUAAAACUUUUCACCAGAAUCACAUUUUGUGCAUAACCCCAAAUGUCUUAUUUUCCUUGCAUUAGCAUUUAUGUUUACAAUAGCCUUCAUUAAAUGUAUUUGUAAUAAAUGUGUGUUCAAACUUUGAAUAAAGUUCUUAACUCUAA